GCGGCGAGAAGACCUCAGGGUGCUGGGUCCGGGCCUUCCGAGGCUGCGUCCUCUAACACGCGGCCGCGACCGGCUGCCAACAGCCCCUUCCUGCUGCGAGGUGUCAGGUCCAUGCUGCUGCCGGCUCGGGCACCCAAGGCUUGGCAAGGGCUCUCCCGGCUCAAGCUGCUGGCCCCAGCCUCCCCUGGAGCCCUGGGAAGCGAGACCCUGCAUCUGAGGCCCCGGCUCCUGUCAUGGCAGGGCCCCGCAGGAACAGGAGGGCAAGGCCAUCCCCAGGGUCCUGGGCUACGGACAAGGCUGCUCAUCACUGCGCUAUUUGGGGCGGGGCUCGGCGGGGCCUGGCUGGUUGCUCGGGCUGAGAAGGAGCGGUGGCGGCAGCAACAGCGGAUAGAGGCCCUGCGCCAGGCAGCCGUGGGUCAGGGCGACUUUAGCCUGCUGGACCACCGGGGCCAGGCCCGCUGCAAAGCUGAUUUCCGGGGCCAGUGGGUGCUGAUGUACUUUGGCUUCACCCACUGCCCUGACAUCUGCCCGGAUGAACUGGAGAAGCUGGUGCAGGUGGUGCGGGAGCUGGAGGCCCACCCCAGCCUGCCCCCUGUGCAGCCCGUCUUUGUCACCGUGGACCCUGAGCGGGAUGAUGUGGCAGCCCUGGCCCACUAUGUGCAGGACUUCCAUCCGCGGCUGCUGGGGCUCACCGGCUCCGCCGAGCAGGUAGCCCAGGUGAGUCACAACUACCGCGUGUACUACAGCGCCGGCCCCAAGGACGAGGACCAGGACUACCUCGUGGAUCACUCCGUCGCCAUCUACCUGCUCAACCCCGACGGCCUCUUCACUGACUACUACGGCCGGGGCAGGUCGGCUGAGCAGAUCGCGGACAGCGUGCAGCGCCACAUGGCCGCCUUCCGCAGCAUUCUCGGCUGAGCUGCAGUGCCCGUGUGUCAUUAAACG